AUGGCUAUUGAGUAUCUGUUGUUUGAGGAGCCUACUGGGUAUGCGGUGUUCAAGGUGAAGUUGAACCAGGACAACAUUGGUUCUAAGCUGAAGGAAGUGCAAGAGCAGAUCAAUGACUUCGGUGGGUUCACCAAGCUGGUUGAGCUUGUGUCGUUUGCUCCUUUCAAGGGUGCCGCUGAGGCCUUGGAGAACGCUAACGACAUCUCUGAGGGUCUUGUCUCCGAGAGUCUAAAGAACGUUUUGGAGUUGAACUUGCCAAAGGGUUCCGCCAAGUCCACUGUGACAUUGGCCAUCUCUGACAAGAACUUGGGUCCAUCCAUCAAGGAAGCUUUCCCAUACGUCGACUGUAUUGCCAACGAGUUGGCCCAGGACUUGAUCCGUGGUGUUAGAUUGCAUGGUGAAAAGUUGCUGAAAGGUUUGCAAUCCGGUGACUUGGAGAGAGCUCAAUUGGGUUUGGGUCACGCUUACUCCAGAGCCAAGGUGAAGUUCUCUGUUCAAAAGAACGACAACCACAUCAUACAAGCUAUCGCUCUUUUGGACCAAUUGGACAAGGACAUCAACACAUUCGCCAUGAGAGUUAAGGAAUGGUACGGUUGGCACUUCCCGGAACUGGCCAAGCUGGUUCCAGACAACUACACCUUCGCUAAGUUGGUCUUGUUCAUCAAGGAUAAGGCCUCUCUGAAUGAGGAAUCCCUACACGACUUGGCCGCUGUUGUCAACGAAGAUGCUGGUAUUGCCGAGAGAAUCAUUGACAACGCCAGAAUCUCCAUGGGUCAAGACCUUUCCGAGACCGAUAUGGAAAACGUUUGUGUCUUUGCCCAGAGAGUUGUUUCUUUGGUCGAUUACAGAAAGCAACUAUACGACUACUUAUGCGAGAAGAUGCACACUGUGGCUCCAAACUUGUCUGGAUUGAUUGGUGAAGUCAUCGGUGCUAGACUGAUCUCCCACGCUGGUUCUUUGACCAGUCUUUCCAAGCAAGCCGCUUCCACUGUGCAAAUCUUGGGUGCUGAGAAGGCUUUAUUCAGAGCUUUGAAGACCAAGGGUAACACUCCAAAGUACGGUUUGAUCUACCACAGUGGUUUCAUUGCCAAGGCCUCUGCUAAGAACAAGGGUAGAAUCUCCAGAUACCUAGCGAACAAGUGUUCUAUGGCUUCUAGAAUAGAUAACUACUCCGAUGAGCCAACAAACGUCUUCGGUUCCGUCUUGAAGAAGCAAGUUGAACAAAGACUUGAAUUCUAUGCUACCGGUAAGCCAACUUUGAAGAACGAAUUAGCCAUCCACGAGGCUAUGGAAUUGUUCAACAAGGACAAGCCAGUAUCAGAAGAACCAAAGGCUGACUCUAAGAAGAGAAAACUAGAAGAAUCUGAAUCUGAAUCUGAAGAAGAGGAAGAGAAGAAGGAAAAGAAGGAAAAGAAGGCCAAGAAGGAGAAGAAGGAGAAGAAAGAAAAGAAGGAAAAGAAGGAAAAGAAAGAGAAGAAGGAAAAGAAAGAUAAGAAGGAGAAGAAGGAGAAGAAGUCCAAGAAAUAA